AUGGUUGAUGAAUUCAACAAACGGACUAGGGUUACAACGAGUGGAGGCAGAGCUGGAGACGGCGGCGAUGUUCCAAGAAAAGUGGCUCGAGAGAAAUAUGGCAGGUCCCGAGCCCAGUUUGGGAUCAAGUACUAUUGCGUGGGAACAGGCAAUAACCUUUGGGCAUCCGAGCCAUCCAGUGGGUUGAAGUUACCGAUUAAUGAAGCUACCAAGAGCUGA